GAUGUGCCAUUUAUUGUUACAGCAGUUCUGCUUUACGGCAGUGAGGUCUCGUAAAGCUGUGCGGAGGUAUCAGCUGACUGAAGAUAACCUGCGGAGGGGAAUAAGCACAAUAAAUACAUUAUAAGAAUUAAAAUUAUAGAUAUUGCCCGCCGUCAGAAAUAUAUAAAAAGGAUAUGUUCCAAUAGACUAUCGACCAGUGACAGGCCAGAAACAAACAUGGCAGCAAACAGCCUGGUGCUCCCCAUUGUUUUGUGGGGCCGCAAAGCUCCCACCCACUGUAUUUCAACAUUGCUGGUUAUGGAUGACCUGGCGACCAUUGUCACAGGUUGCCAUGAUGGACAGAUCUGCCUCUGGGACCUGACUUUGGAUCUGGAGAUCAGUCCUAGAGCUCUUCUUUUUGGCCACACUGCUUCGAUCACCUGUCUGUCGAAGGCGAGCUCUGGAAGGGAUAAACAGUAUAUUGUUAGUGCCUCAGAGAGUGGUGAGAUGUGCCUGUGGGAUGUUAGUGAUGGCCGAUGCAUAGAAUUUACUAAGCUAGCCUGCGCCCAUACUGGAAUACAGUUUUAUCAGUUUACCAUUGGUACCCAGCGAGAAGGAAGGCUGCUGUGUCAUGGACAUUACCCAGAAAUCUUUGUGGUGGAUGCCACCAGCCUGGAGGUCCUUUACUCUCUGGUGUCCAAAAUAUCUCCUGACUGGAUCAGCUCCAUGAGUAUUAUUCGGUCUCACAGGACACAAGAGGAUACAGUUGUUGCCGUGUCUGUGACCGGGAUAUUAAAAGUGUGGAUCAUUACUGCAGAUGUCAGUCGAACGCAGGACACAGACCCCAUCUUUGAAGAAGAGUCCAAGCCGAUUUAUUGCCAGAGCUGCCAGAGCAUUUCAUUCUGUGCUUUUACCCAAAGGUCCUUGUUGGUUGUCAGCUCAAAAUACUGGAGGGUAUUUGAUGCUGGGGACUAUUCUCUUUUAUGCUCAGUGCCCUGUGAAAAUGGACAGGCAUGGACAGGCGGUGACUUUAUUGCAGCUGAUAAGGUUAUUAUAUGGACAGAAGAUGGAUGCAGCUAUAUUUACAAACUCCCUGCCAGCUGUCUCCCAGCCAGCGAGUCUUUCCGCAGUGAUGUCGGAAAGGCUGCUGAGGGCUCCGUCCCACCCUUACUGUACAAUGUGCUGGACAGAAAGGACAAGCAGGUAGAGCAAGGGUUUGUGGGGGAAGCCAUUAUCCAGGUGUCACAUGAGCAUUUCCCUGACCCUGGGAAAGCCUGGGAGCUCUACACUCCUACUCUGCUGUUCUGCAUCCGGCCUCUAGAGGCACCAUUGCUCAUCUGCCCUCCUGUUACCCGCUUUUUCUAUGGCCGCCGGGAGCCGUUCCAUAAACUUCUGCUGCAGGGUGAUUCUGCUGGAAGACUCUCCAUUUGGAGCAUACCUGAUACCCCACAGCAGCAGCAGCAGAUCAGGUCCAGCAUCGAAGAGCUCCCAGUUACAACAUCAACUAGCCUUCAAGAAGCCUUUGAUACCCUGACCCAUCGACCAGCUGGCAUCAUCGACCAGCUGAGUGUGCUUCCUGGUGCAGAGGAGCCCCUGAAGGUGACGGCCAGUGUUUAUAUCCCAUCUCAUGGUAGCCUGGUUUGUGGUCGAGAAGAUGGCAGCAUAGUGAUUGUCCCAGCCACUCAGACUGCUAUAGUCCAGCUGCUACAGGGAGAACACAUGCUCAGGAGAGGCUGGCCCCCUCACCGGAUCCUGCGAGGUCACCGAAACAAGGUGACGUGCCUGCUGUACCCCCACCAGGUCUCUGCACGCUAUGAUCAGCGCUGCCUGCUCUCUGGUGGGGUGGACUUUUCUGUCAUUGUCUGGGACAUUUUCUCAGGGGAGAUGAAGCAUGUAUUCUGUGUCCACGGAGGGGAGAUCACUCAGCUGCUCGUCCCACCUGAGAACUGCAGUACACGAGUUCAGCACUGUGUCUGUUCUGUGGCCAGUGAUCACUCGGUGGGACUCCUGAGUCUGCGUGAGAGGAAGUGCAUCAUGCUCGCGUCUCGCCAUCUUUUCCCAAUUCAAGUGAUAAAGUGGAGGCCCUCAGAUGACUACCUGGUGGUGGGCUGUUCAGAUGGAUCAGUUUAUGUCUGGCAGAUGGAUACUGGUGCGCUGGAUCGCUGUGUAAUGGGGAUCACUGCGGUGGAGAUCCUUAAUGCCUGUGAUGAGGCUGUUCCAGCAGCGGUAGAUUCGCUCAGCCACCCCGCUGUCAACCUUAAACAGGCCAUGACCCGCCGCAGCCUGGCUGCCUUGAAGAACGUGGCUCAUCACAAACUCCAGACCUUUGCUACCAACCUGCUGGCCUCCGAGGCUUCGGAUAAAGGUAAUUUGCCUAAAUACUCACACAACUCCCUGAUGGUGCAGGCUAUGAAGACAAAUCUGAUGGACCCUGACAUGCACGUCCUCUUCUUUGAUGUGGAGGCCGUUAUCAUCCAGCUGCUGACCGAGGAAGCCUCCAGGCCCUGCCCCACUCUGAUCUCUCCUGAGAGCCUGCAGAAGGCCCCAGGCGGUGCUGACAAGGGGGGCUCCUUCCUAGCGGGGAAGCGGGCGGCCGUGCUGCUCAAGCAGGUGAAGGAGACCAUCAAAGAGAAUAUCAAAGAGCACCUGCUGGACGACGACGAGGAUGAGGAUGACGAGCUGAGGAGGCAAAGGAAGGAAGACGCGAAGUCCAAGUCCCUGACGCAGCUGGAAUACAACCUCACAAUGGACACCGCCAAGCUCUUCAUGUCCUGCCUCCACGCCUGGGGGCUCAACAGCAUGCUUGACAAAGUCUGUCUCAACCUCCUAGGCAUGCUCAAGCCCCACUGCCCGGUCUCCUUCGGUCUACUCUCCCGAGGAGGCCACAUGUCUCUCAUGCUGCCCACUUUCAAGGACUCUGUGGCCAGGAUGGCACUGGGGACCGCUGAUGCAAUGGGCAGGAAGAUGUCUGUGUCUGAGAUGCUGGGAAAAGGCACAUACGGUGUGUCUCGAGCUGUUACCACACAGCACCUCCUGUCUGUAAUCUCCUUAGCCAACACUUUGAUGAGUAUGACCAAUGCAACGUUUGUUGGAGAACAUAUGAAGAAGCCUCCAAUCAGGCCCCCAAAGCCAGGCACCCCAGAGGCAGCUAAAAAGAUGUCCCCACAGGUUUCCAGUACGGCCGUACAAGGACAGAUCAAACAAGCUGCUGCUGCUGUUGCUACUACUGGCCCUGAGGCUGUUCACUCUGGCUCUGCUUUACAUACUUGUCCCUCAGUCAAUGAAGGAUGGAGUCAGCUAGCUGCCAUGCACUGUGUCAUGCUCCCAGAUUUGCUGGGGUUAGACAAAUUCCAACCUCCGCUACUGGAAAUGUUAGCCCGCAGGUGGCAAGAUCGAUGCUUGGAGGUGAGAGAGGCUGCCCAGGCCUUGCUGCUGGCAGAGUUGCGAAGAAUUGAGCAGACAGGACGAAAAGAAACCAUAGACCUUUGGGCACCGUAUCUGCCACAAUAUGUUGACAGCGCCAUUUCACCUGGAGCGGCUGCAGAGUCUGUUCAGACGCCCCCUGUAAUUCCUGAACCUCAGGGGACCGAAAUCAAAGUCCAGGAGGAAGAGGCUGACCUCACAGAUGAUGACAUUGCAGCAGGGUGUCUGUCUGGUCUCCUGCCACACAUGAAGAAAAUGUCAUCCUAUGAGGAAAGACGCAAACAAGCAACAGCUAUUGUCCUCCUGGGGGUGAUCGGAGCAGAGUUUGGGGCUGAGAUUGAACCUCCAAAACUUCCAUUCAGGCCCCGCACUGCAUCCCAGGCUCCAGAUGGAUUUGGACUUACCACGGGAGGGUCUAAUUACUCCCUUGCCAGGCAUACAUGCAAGGCGCUCACAUUCCUCCUGCUGCAGCCGCCCAGCCCCAAACUUCCUUCCCAUAGCACCAUUCGCCGGACUGCCAUUGAUCUCAUUGGUCGAGGCUUCACAGUCUGGGAGCCCUACAUGGACGUCUCAGCCGUGCUGAUGGGGCUGCUGGAGCUUUGUGCCGACUCCGAAAAGCAACUCUCUAACAUCACAAUGGGCCUGCCUCUCAACCCAGCGGCAGACUCUGCCCGCUCUGCUCGACACGCUCUCUCGCUCAUUGCCACGGCCAGACCACCAGCCUUCAUAACAACCAUCGCCAGGGAGGUUCACAGACACACUGCCCUGGCAGCUAAUACCCAGUCUCAGCAGAAUGUGCACACCACCACGCUGGCACGGGCCAAGGCAGAGAUUCUGCGAGUGAUUGAAAUCCUGAUUGAGAAGAUGCCCACUGAUGUUGUGGAUUUACUCGUAGAGGUAAUGGACAUCAUAAUGUACUGCCUUGAAGGAUCCUUAGUCAAGAAGAAAGGCCUUCAGGAAUGUUUCCCUGCUAUUUGUAGGUUCUACAUGGUUGGUUAUUGUGAGCGUAGUCACCGGAUAGCAGUCGGGGCUCGUGUUGGCUCUGUGGCACUCUACGAUGUCCGCACUGGAAAAUGUCAGACUAUCCAUGGUCAUAAGGGACCCAUAACGGCAGUGUCAUUUGCUACAGAUGGGCGGUACCUAGCUACAUAUUCAAAUGCAGACAGUCAUAUUUCCUUCUGGCAGAUGAACACAUCAUUACUGGGGAGCAUUGGCAUGCUGAACUCUGCCCCUCAGCUGCGCUGUAUUAAAACAUACCAGGUUCCUCCAGUCCAGCCCGUCUCCCCCGGCUCCCAGAAUGCAUUAAAGCUGGCACGACUGAUCUGGACCUCCAACCGCAAUGUCAUCCUGAUGGUCCACGAUGGCAAGGAGCACCGUUUCAUGGUCUGAGGACCGGGCAAGACCACUAAAUCAUCACAGGAACCGCAGGCUGUGGUCCUCGCCGACCAUGUAGUCUAGAAAAUAGUGUUUGCACUUUUUGGUUGUUUACAUCAAGGUUAUAAUUUUUUUAAGGUUAAAUAUACUUUCAAACCUGUUUCAGAGACUAAAAGUUAUUGUUUAUAGACAGUCUUAUACAAAUGGUCUUUCGUUCAGGUUUUACUGUAAAUUGGUUUAAAACUUUUUUUUCAUUCCAAAAAAGAAAAAGAAAGGGGCAAUGAUAAUCGUAGAGAAUAAGAAAAAUGCAAAAGAAAAUGGUCAUUAAUAAAGGUACAUGUAAAAAAAAAGCAUAUCAAAUUAUAUAAAAUAUUAUCAAGACUGCAUAAUUUACUUGUGAUCUAGACUCAUCUGUGCUGUGUAAUCUUAAGUUAUGAUUUGUUUUUAUUGUUAAUAGAUGAAAUCCUAUCAAUGGCUCCAUGUGACACAAUACAUAUAUUUAACCACCCAAAGAGCCAGUAAGAUGAGCGUAGAUUGGUUCUCGGUUGUCCAUCUAUUGCUGAGGCAGUUGAGCAUUAAUGCAAAAUGUGUAUUUCAAAAGUAAUAUAUAUCCACCCUGUGACGGAUCAGAUAUGAUUAAUCUGCUUUCUUCCAUGUCAUGCAAUACCUUGAGCUGCUUUCUUCUGCAGCUUCUCGCACUUCAUGUUAGCAAAGGAAGGAAUUAUUUCAUUCUUGGGACACUGAUCGAAUGCAGAAAGCUGCUGCUUUUUUUCCUUUCUAGGUGUAUAGUAACAAUCAAGCAAGGUUCUGUAAGAAUGUGUUUGCUGUGAAUGCCCUUGUUUUAAGCAAAGCUUCAAGUUUAACAAAAGUUCAGAAAGGCUUAUAACUCCUGAAAGCAAAGCAAACAAUAUUUUUUACAUCAGUAUGCCAUUGUUUUAAUUAGCAGAUAAUUCACUACUUAAAAACAGGGCUACAUUAAAGUUAAUAACUAAGGCUACAUUUACAUCUCUGAGCAUAACCAUUUUCUUACAAGUCUUGUAUCAUUCCUCUGAUGUUUUCUUUAGUUUUCUCUGAGUUUAGAUUUCCUGACUAUUUUCAGGUUGUCUAUCUAAUCCUUUCGAGAUUGUAUCCCUGUUCAACAAGAAUCUGCAGAAAAAAAAUGAUGAUGCAAUAGUUUAAUAUUUUUUCUAAAUGUUUACCACUUGUCUUUUCACUGCUGUUCUGAGAAACAGUCCAGUUCGGCUAUCACUGCUGAUGUCAGUUGUUUGGAAGGAUUAAGAAUGGUCUGAUAUAUUCAAAACCAAAUUGUUCACCAUGAAGUGGGUUUGCAAUCAUCGAGCAUAAAGAAAAUAUUCUGGAAGAAACCAGGCUCUGCAAUUUAGAUGUCUGGAGCUUGACUUGUUAUAUUUUGUUCUAUAUAAUUGUUGAAUACUAAUUGAGAAUUUAAGAUAUAAUAUCACUUAAAAUAAGCCUAUUCUGUCACUGAAUGCAAUUCAAUAGUGAUGCUUAGCUGUGGUAUAAAUAUGCAUGCUUUCCAUGUAAAGCUGAACUAUUGUAAGGCCGCUUUCUCAAUAAGGUUGAAUAAACUGCAGUUCAGCAAGUUUAUUGUAACUACAGAUGUGGUGUAUGUGUCUUAAACUCCCCUUUUUAAAUGGGUACUAUAUUCAACACCACCCUUUCCAGAUUAGAAUGCCAGUGCUAAUAUUAUGAUCAUAUCACUUCAUGCUCUACACCUACAACCCAAUGCAAAUUCACCACAUUAACCAAAUGUCAGGUUGCACGGGAAGGCUGGAUAUGUUUUUCAAACCUUUCUGCACCGUCCAGGGGGCAGAACCACAUUGGUGUGUUUAUCCCGUUUUGCAGCUGUGUAUAAAUGAAGGAGGUGGGGAAUGUUGCAGAAGCAACUGAACUUGAGGUCAUAACCUAACAGAAGCAAAUAUUACUGUAGCCAUAUGUUUACAUCUUUAUUUCAUCACCAACUUUCCAUUUCCUUUGACUUUGUAACCCAACCAUCAUUGACAUCAACAACAGGCAGCACCAGGAAAGGUGGCAGACAUGCCAAACAGGCUGAGCUGCCUGAAUCCUAUGGCUACUUAUAGGACUGCAAAUUCCCUAUUAGCAAUCCUGUUAAGUUCCUCUCCCCUAGAGAUAAUUCCUUAACAACAGGAAAGAAUACGCCAUUUACACUUGCCACUCACAGAUGAAAUGUUGUAGCUGAUAUCAAUGGUAAAGUUCUCAAGGCACCUGUUUAUUGUAACAGCUUUCACUGCUGCAGUAAAUGAAAUCAGUUUUGCAAAGUGUGCUGCUGCCAUUUACCCAUUGAAAGUCAGACCAUAUUGUAGUUGGACAGAUUUGGAAGUUUUAAUAUUAUGUACAGUAUCCUGAAAACUAGACUUUAGCUGUACGCUGUCAGUGAAACUCCAAACCAAUUACAUUUCUGACCCGAACAGCAGUUUACCAUAAAACUAAGUUAGAUAUCUUGCCAGAAUUUACAUUUCUUAAUUUCUUAAUUUCUUAAUUGGAUUUUUCUCAGUAUUUUAUGAGGGCUGUUUCCUACCAUAUAUGCAUCCUUACCAUAGACUGCAUUUGUAAAUAGUGAUUUGGUACAGGAGCUGAACAAUAAAACUAUUUAAAUUAAAAUGGAUAUUCAUACAAACCAAUAUCAAUUUUAACAGCUCAAUGACUGGAGAAAUUACCUGAUAAACCAGUGUUAAUCAUAACAAAUGUUGUUUGGUCAGAAUGUACUGUAAGAUGGGCACAUUCAAUUGCAAAAUUAAUUUUCAACAAAUUAACCAAUAUGAAAAUCCCAAGUCCUGUACAUCAUCUCCACCUUCUUGCAACAUCUCUCAAAAUGCAGUUCUAUACAAAGUUAAUUACAAGCUCUCUGCAUUAUUCCAAACAGAUGCUGAAAGGAAAAUCCCCACAGUUGUACUCUCAGACCCUGCACCUUUGCAUUGUUAAUGCUCAGCUCUCAAAGUCAAAUUUGUAUUGUCACUCCUGUGUAAGCUUUUAGUGUGUUAUUGAUUUGUUAUUACUGUAUUUGGAACUGUCCUUGUAAAUGUAGAUAUAUAAGUGGCUUUAUUGUCAAUAUAUUUGUUUGAGAUGUGACAUUACAUGAUAAUACUCAUAUGAUAAUAUACAGUAGUAGCUAUGGAAGACACUUCACUGUACAUGGCAAUAUUGUGUGUGUGUGUGUGUGUGUAUCUGGGCUAUCUAUGAUUUUACUGAAUAAAUACUGUAAAUGUUAUGUUACUUUAUGUUGUGUGUACACCCAAAUAAAAUAAAUAUAAACAAAA